AUGAAAUUUUUGCUUUAUAUCGGUGCUCUCACCGCCACUCUCCCUCAUGUUUCGGGCUCAGGCUCGACUCAAACUGUGGUUCCUGCUUGCCCGCCUCAGCCAGCAACUCCACUGGAACAAGAAAAGAUUUUCAAUGCCUUUGUGAACGAAUUCAAUGUUCAAAAGAGUAUCCCAGAAGCAUUCAAUAACUACAUUUGGGUCGACUACAUUCAGCACAACCCGUCUGUUGGACAAGGUCGAGAUGCUGCUAUUGCUGCGCUUUCUGGGAGACCACGCGUCAACACCACCAUUGUACACCAGGCCUUUAUUAACAACACUGGCUUUGUACACCAUUGUGAAUCCUCCACGCUACUAAUUAAGAUCAUGGAUGCUUAUCGAAUGAAUGGAAGCUGCAUCGUGGAACACUGGGACGUUAUUGCCAACCUCACUCUUGGCGAGAUUGACCCUACUCCUUUGUAA